CCGAAAUUACUGGGAAAAAGUAACGGAGCGAGCGUUCAAUUAAAGCCAUUUAUGUAAUUCAUUGAGAGACAAUUGGCAAAAAGCACGACUCGAGGACGGAGCGAGCGAGAAAAGUCGCGGCAACAACAAUGAGCUCCACGUCUGCAGCAGCGAGCGGCCAUGAAAAAUCGGCGCGGCAGCCGCGAUCGAGCGAGCAGAAGAAGAGAAGAAGAAGAGGCAAGUGCAUUCACACGGCCGGGGCUCCUUCCAACCCAUCGGAGGCCCCAACCACAGGCGAGGCAAGCGCGAGGGCCUCGCUCGAUUCCAUCGACCUCGGAGGCGCACGCGCGUUGCCGUCGCGCGGUCACGUGACUCCCCUGAGCGCCUGACUUUCCGUGAUCUUGGCAAUGGAGCCGCCGGCCAGGGGAAGCAGGCGAGGAAGGGCGACCUGGCAACGCUCGCAUGCCAUCGCGAUCGCUUCGUUAGUUGCGCUCCGACUGGCGUUCCUGGAUUACCUACUGCCUGUCGCUGCGGCGCUCCGUAUUCUUGUGUUAUGCCGUUGAUUUGACGGACGCACCAUGCCGAAGAUAUUCCUCAUCAAGAAUCGGCUGCACCAGCAGCAGCUGCGGCUGCUUGAGUCGCAGAAGCGCGACACGUCGGCCGACGCCGAAUAUUUGACGCCGCCCGGCUCGCCACUGUCCUCGGAAUGCAAACCCGUGGCCCUGGUGGUGCCCAAGCCGCCUGCCAGCCCCAGUGCUGCGCCUACAGAAAACAAACCCACGGUCAUCAAGGCCAAGGUGUCCAGCGCGCCGGCGACCGAGCCUUCCGAGAACGAGUGCGCGCCUCGCCGCUUCUUCUCGUCCAUCCUCGGCGGCGACAAGCCCUACGCAAGACACAUCACCUUCGACACGGGCGACGUCGUCGCCAAAAGGCAGCUCGACUCUGCCAAAUUCCCAAUCACCAAGAAGAUCGCGACGGUCCUCAAGGCGCCCAAGUGCCAGCAGGUUUCCGUCAUCCAGAGGGGGCCCACGCUCAGUGAGAAAAUCGCCAAGCGGCACCACCUGUUGGCGGCCAACGUGAUCAACACUCCGGAGCAAGAGGCUCCCAUCGACUACCACGUACCAAAGAAACCCUGCGCCGACGAUGACAGACCAACCACCCGGGGGCCGCUGUCCGCCUUCAGCGCCUCCGUUCGCUCCUGCUCGGACGGCGGCGCCAUGUGCGGAGGCGGCGGGGGCGGCACGAUGGACUCGCUCUCGUACGGGGGCGACGGCCGCGGCGGCGGCCGCAUGAUGGACAGCGGUGGAGACGGCGGGGGCGGCUCGCUGGGGGCCGGAGGUGGUGGAGACAUGGGUGGCGGCGGACGCCCCAACUACGGCCCCAGCAGUCCGCCCACGGGCUGUCUACCUCCCUUCUACGAGUCCCUCAAAGGCAACUACGCGGCGCCCAUUGAAAUGGAGUGCGACACCGGACAGCACCAAACUCACACCCUGCAGCAAACCUACGACGGCUUCCGGAGUCCAAAGCAGUAUCAGUUGCUACACAACGUGUGCGCAUCCUACGGUCUAGUACCUGAAGACAGUAAUGACGAUGACUCGGAUCUAAAGGUGGCGUUAGAUUCAAGAGAUCCGUUGCCACCAGUGCAUCUUCUCGGAAACAGCAACUACCUUCAGCGCUACCUGAUGGAGCCCGGCCAGGGUCAGGAUAGCAUCAUGGACCACGAUCCGCUGCAGUUCACAGCAACCCUGACCUUUUCCAGUCAGGCGGAACAUGCGCUCCUUGAGUCGCUGACAGACGCCGCCGAAAUUUUCCUCCAGCGUUUGCCAACGUCGGAUGAGCCACUUUCGAACGACUCAAGUUCCAUUCCCUCCCCGCUCGAGCCCAGCGUGCAACCCUACCCUGAGAACCCCGGUCUGAUGCAGAAGGAGCAGCGCCAGAACAACAACUACCCCUUCUUCCUCGGCAACAAAAUGCCCCAGCAAAACCAAUACAACAACAACUCGCCCCCGAAGGGCAACCUGCCCGACUCGCAACUGCAACAAUUGCAAAUCCAGGUGCAGCUGCAGACGCAGCAGCAGCAGAUGACCUCUGACCACGUCAACAUGCUGCCCAACUUCCCCAACGGCAUCGACCUGACGCCCUCCUCCCUUGGCUCGCCGGGCCCCGUCUCCCUACCCUCCCCUCUCAGCCCUGAAAACCUGAGCAGCAGUUGCCUCAACACCUCCGGACCUGCCAGCGUCACCAGCAGCAGGAGGGAGUCGUCGGCCUCCGACAUCUCCUCCCUGCCGGCAGCGGUCAUCGCCGCGAGGGAAGACGUCCAAGGUUGCCUCACAGACAGGACUCAGAAAUUUCGCAAUCUGAUCCCUCAGCAGUUGGGGAUUCCGAACGACAUGCCCAUCGAGUUCGUCAACGGCGGGCACGGCAUCAAGAACCCGUUGGCCAACCACGACCGCCCCACCGGCAACCGCAGCAAUGGAUCUGCCGCGGCGGUCGUCAGUCCGCCCGAAGAGGACACCAAGCCACUGCCGGACGAUGCCCCGAACCGCUUCUCCUGCAGGAUCUGCUCGAAAACUUUCACGCUGCAGCGGCUGCUCAAUAGGCACAUGAAGUGCCACAGCGACAUCAAAAGAUACCUCUGCACCUUCUGCGGCAAGGGCUUCAACGACACCUUUGACCUCAAGCGCCACACCCGCACCCACACAGGUGUGAGGCCGUACAAGUGCAAUCUCUGUGAGAAGUCAUUCACGCAAAGGUGCUCCCUCGAGUCGCAUUGCCUCAAGGUGCACGGCGUGCAGCACCAGUACGCCUACAAGGAAAGACGAUCAAAGAUGUACGUCUGCGAAGAGUGCGGCCACACGACCGGAGAACCCGAGGUGCACUACGUCCACCUGAAGGAGAACCACCCGUUCAGUCCGGCGUUGCUGAAGUUCUACGACAAGAGGCACUUCAAGUUCACAAACAGCAACUUCGCAAACAUGCUCCUGCAGGUGCGCUCGUAACAAGAGGCCGCACCGCGUUUUUGCAACGAAUAGAAUGAAAGGCUUCUGUACAAAUUCAGGACGAUGGGCACUCAAGGCAUACAUCUUUUUUUUAACUUUUGAUUAUAAUUUAUAUAAAUAUAUAAUAUGCAUUUGGACUGUCUACACAUACACAACAAAAAGAGGGUGGUUUUCAUGCUAUGGGAAAAACUAGCUCGAUUUUGAUUCAACGAUAUCGAAUAUCACUUUGUAUUGAAUAUUAAUUUUAUAUAUUUUACGUAUAAAUGACUUGUACAUACUUAGACCAUACGACGAAACUUUUUAUACUGAAAAACGAAUAUAUGCAAUAGGAAGGAUUGAUCGAUUGAUUGAUUGAUGAUUCCCAGGAGUUAAGAUCGAAAUAGGAAAUAGUGUCUGAUCAUUAGUUUAUCAAUUUUUUUUUUUAAACAGGAAUUCUUGCCGAGCUGGCGUUGAAUAAACGACAACGAUGAGAAUCAUUACUUGCACAAUAAUUUCUUUGUACAGCAACGAACGCAUUAAAUCGCGCACAUGUCUAUAUAUCUGGACUCAAAUUAUCGUACUGGGUUGAGAUGGUUCCAGGGGGUAUAGUGGAGUUGUUGUUCUUCCCUUUUCCGCAAGCAAUCAACGACUGCAAUUGCUUUUUACAUAAAAAUAUGAUGUCAAUUAUUUAUGAGCCGACCAGCAGGUGGAAAAGUCGUCGCGACUUCUUCAACACUGGCCGAGCGCAUUUCUAUUUAUUUAACUAUGUACUACUACUGUCUUUUAGCAGCGCUAAGGAUCAAUUGCAAACAUAGUGAGAUAUUUUUUCAGCUAGCUGUGGUGCUAUGAAAUUUGCUCAGGCACUCAGACUUUUAAUACAUAGUAAAAUUAUUGUGAAUGCGAUCAUUUCCUGUGCACCUAUAACGUGGGUCUUUUUUCGUAACCAGAACCAAAAUUUUGCAUUACUCGAGACAGGUUGGACGUAUUUAGUAAUUUAAAUAAACAUGCUGGGGCUAACAUGCAAUAAUCAGUGUUGUAAGAGUAUAUGCACCUGUUAAUAGAGAACAAUGAAGUAUUAUAUUAUAUUUCUCU